AUCUUUAUUAUAUGGCACAAAGAACUUGUCUCGUUUAUCCUUUUCUUAUGGUUUCAACUUUUUUCUGAUAUAUGCUUAUGUAUAAACGGUUUUGCUAGCUUUGUCAGGCUCUCUGUUAACAAAGUCAUGUGUUUCAUAUGCUUACUGCUUAUAACAUCUUUGUUUCAUUUUAUUACAGCUCUAAUAUGACAGAUUUUGAUGAUCAAACUAACUAAUCCAAAUGGUGAUCUCAGAUAAACCCAUUUCAUUUCAUUCUUUAUAGGCAGCUAUUUUAUUAGAGAAGAUGGCUACUGAUUUGAACACGGAGUUCUCUCAAAAGGCCAUUUUGGGCAUUAAAGUCUGGAAACUUUUUGGGAUUACAGUUGGUUUACUCUUUAUAGUAAUCCUCUUUGGGUUAACAUGGUAUCUCACUUUAAGAAAGAAAUCAAGGAAGACAGGAGAUGAGAUUUCAUUCAUCCAAAUCCCUACUAUAUCCAAGGAAAUAAAAGAAGUGCGUGCAGAGCAAGUGUCUAUGAAUGGAUUUGAGUAUGUUCCAGGAGAUGGAAGUAAUCUUCUAGCCAUCCAUGAUAAUUCUAGUGAUAUGGACAAAACUUUACUGCACCUAGACAAGGGAAAGAUGAAGAAUGGAGAAUGCAGUAGCCAUUCGAGUUCAUUUCAUAAAGAUGGAUGGUCUCAAUUUGGAGGAGGAGGUUCUGGUACAUUUCACGUGCAUAAACCUUCUUCUUCAUCAAAUCCAAUAAAUGCUCCAUCUCCAUUAGUUGGCCUCCCUGAAUUCUCGCAAUUGGGUUGGGGUCAUUGGUUUACUUUGAGGGAUCUUGAGCUUGCAACAAACGGAUUUUCAAAAGAGAGUGUUAUUGGUGAAGGUGGAUAUGGUGUUGUUUACCAGGGAUGUCUUAUCAAUGGGACAAUAGUGGCAGUGAAAAAGCUUCUCAACAACCUUGGCCAAGCAGAAAAGGAAUUUAGAGUGGAACUUGAAGCUAUAGGCCACGUCCGUCAUAAGAAUCUGGUUCGGCUUUUGGGUUACUGCGUAGAAGGGAUUCAUAGAUUAUUAGUUUAUGAGUAUGUAAACAAUGGAAAUUUGGAACAAUGGCUGCACGGAGCUAUGCACCAGCAUGGAUAUCUUACUUGGGUCGCAAGAAUGAAGGUUCUCAUUGGCACGGCCAAGGCUCUUUCUUACUUGCACGAGGCAAUUGAGCCAAAAGUGGUGCAUCGGGACAUUAAGUCAAGCAAUAUAUUAAUUGAUGACGACUUUAAUGCAAAGCUUUCUGAUUUUGGACUAGCCAAGCUUCUUGGAUCAGGAAAAGGUUACAUCACUACCCAAGUGGUGGGGACAUUUGGUUAUGUUGCUCCUGAAUAUGCAAAUACAGGCCUUCUAAAUGAAAAAAGUGACACCUAUAGCUUUGGAGUUGUGUUGCUGGAGACAAUUACAGGACGAGAUCCUGUAGAUUAUGGCCGUCCUGGUCUAGAGGUAAAUCUGGUUGAUUGGCUGAAAAUUAUGGUAGGGAGCAGACGCAUUGAUGAAGUUGUGGACCCCAAUAUGCAAACCGGGCCAUCUACAAAACACUUGAAACGUGUUCUCUUAACUGCUUUAAGAUGUGUUGAUCUGGAUUCUGAAAAGCGUCCAAAGAUGAGUCAAGUUGUCCGCAUGCUCGAAUCAGAGGAAUACCCAAUACUGCCAACAGAGGAUAGAAGGCACGGAAGAGCAGCGACAUUUAACAUGGAGAACAAAUCUACUAUAGAGACCGAGGACAAGACCAACUAUCCUAAUCCAAGGACAGUGAGCAGCAAGAGAAACUUAAGAAAGGAACGUCAAGGAUAGUAUAUCUCUUCUUCACAUGAGGCUAUUACCCAAUAUCAAGCAUUUACAUUUGUGCAAAAUAAAAAAUGAAUGAUUGGUAUCAUAUAGACAAACUCCCAACACAUUGAGAUUUGGAAGGGGAAUACAUAUAAGGGUAUAAUGUUUCAGCUAAAUCUAUUUAUUGUUAUAUUAAUA